AUGCGGGAUGUAUAUAACCCGGAGGGUAGCCCUGAUUGUCAGGAUAAAGGAAGCGUGGGGGAUCUUCUAGAGCGUGGAAUCGAUUUGGCAUCGUCAACAUCUGGUGAUCGUCACCAGCGGCGUAGGAUCUUGCAUCCGACGGUUGGCCACUGGAUGCGGGAUACAUCCAAUGCGGUAGCGGGGUUCGAGACAUCUAUGAAAAUUCUGCGGACGUUUGGAAGUCCGUAUAAUUUUUUCUUUCUUCUAGGGCCUGCUCUCACUGAAAAGUGCCAGAAGCUGAUCUCCCGUUGUGUUCGCGGGCUAGGCAUCCACGAUCGUAGCACAACUCACACCGGCGCAAGUAGCGGCAAGGCAAGCAACUGGAGUAGUGACCUUGUAGAAACGCGAAUUGCCUGUGGCCGUGCAAGAGAAGAAAUGGAUCUGGGGAAACGGGCUGGUCGAUGCUUUUGUGAGAGCCUGUGCGUGCCCACUGCGUAUGUGUGUGGCAUUGUGAAGUAUUCAGACAUGCAGCAACACUGCGUCCCUGACAGGAUCCAGCCGUAUAUAUCCCCGAAUCUUAGAAAUCUUUAUUCUAUCAUGAGUUUUUCCGAGGUCCCAUUUUUCCCGUAUUUGACAAAAGAAGCGUAG